UUUUUCGAAUUGCAUUUUCAUUAGGAGCUUUGUUUGUAUUGAGUUGGGAACCCGAACCGCAAGCUCGAGAGAAGCUCUGAAAAUGUCUGUUACUUUGCACACGAAUCUCGGAGACAUCAAGUGCGAGAUUUCUUGCGAUGAAGUCCCGAAGUCUGCCGAGAACUUUUUGGCACUGUGUGCAAGUGGUUACUAUGAUGGAACCAUAUUCCACCGCAACAUCAAAGGCUUUAUGAUACAAGGUGGAGAUCCAACAGGCACGGGAAAAGGGGGAGCCAGCAUAUGGGGUAAAAAGUUUAAUGACGAGAUAAGGGAGUCACUCAAGCACAACGCAAGAGGGAUAUUAUCAAUGGCUAAUAGUGGAGCAAAUACGAAUGGAAGCCAGUUUUUUAUAACAUAUGCAAAGCAGCCACAUUUAAAUGGAUUAUAUACUGUGUUCGGCAGAGUGAUUCAUGGGUUUGAAGUACUUGACAUCAUGGAAAAGACUCAAACUGGACCGGGAGAUCGUCCUCUCGCAGAGAUCAGGCUCAAUCGGGUGACGAUACAUGCUAAUCCUCUUGCAGGCUAACCAUGAAUUAGCAGUAGAGCUGUUGAAACGUUAGUGUUAAAAGCUGCUGCUAUGAUCAGCUGGAAGCUGUGUAUCGAAAUAACAUGACAGGUUCGAAAUAGAGAAUUGGAAGUAAACAUUUAUUUAAACUUGGGAGCUUUCUCAUUAAUUUGCUUUUGGAUUGUUGACUUUCGUGUACACUGGUUUUAUGCAUAUCUUGAACCGUAUUUAGUCCA